CCAUAACUCUCGGCCACAGGGCAAGGUCCAAGUCCUCAGACCUUUACAUCCUGGACUUUCCAAGGCCUCCCAAAGCUCUCUGGCACCUAGGGAACAGUGUGUGUCAACAGCUUAAUCUGCAGGAGCAUAACCAUGGUGCUCUGGGGUCCAGUGCUGGGAGCUCUGCUGGUGGUCAUUGUAGGAUACCUGUGCCUGCCAGGGAUACUUCGACAACGCAGGCCCUGGGAACCCCCUCUGGACAAGGGCACCGUGCCCUGGCUUGGCCAUGCCACGGCUUUCCGGAAGAAUAUGUUUGAAUUUCUGAAGCGCAUGAGGACCAAGCAUGGAGAUGUGUUCACAGUGCAGCUAGGGGGCCAGUACUUCACCUUCGUCAUGGACCCCCUCUCUUUUGGCCCCAUCCUCAAGGAUGCACGGAGAAAACUAGACUUCGUCGAAUAUGCAAAAAAACUGGUGCUGAAGGUAUUUGGAUACCAUUCAGUGCAAGGGGACAACGAGAUGAUACACUCAGCCAGUACGAAGCAUCUGAUGGGGGAUGGCCUGAAGGAUCUUAAUGAGGUCAUGCUGGACAGCCUGUCCUUUGUAAUGCUGAAGUCCAAAGGCCGGAGUCUGGAUGCCAGUUGCUGGCAUGAGGACAGCCUCUUUGAAUUCUGCUAUUACAUCUUGUUCACAGCUGGAUACCUGAGCUUGUUCGGCUACACGAAGGACAAGGAGCGGGACCUGCUACAGGCAGGAAAGUUAUUCAAGGGGUUCCGAAAGUUUGACCUUCUUUUCCCCAGGUUUGUCUACUCCCUGCUGUGGCCUCAGGAGCGGCUGGAAGUGGGCCGACUCCAGCGUUUCUUUCACAAGAUGCUCUCUGUGAGACACACCCAGGAGAAGGAUGGCAUCAGCAACUGGCUGUGCAACAUGCUUCAGUUUCUGAGGGAGCAGGGAGUACCCUCAGCGAUGCAGGACAAGUUCAGCUUCAUGAUGCUCUGGGCCUCCCAGGGAAACACAGGGCCUGCCUCUUUUUGGACGCUCUUUUUCCUCCUGAAAUACCCAGAAGCCAUUCAGGCUGUGAGGGAGGAAGCCACCCAGGUCCUGGGUGAGGCCAGGCUGGAGACCAAGCAGCCCUUUGCCUUCAAACUCAGUGCCCUGCAACACACCACAGUCCUGGACAGUGUGGUGGAGGAGACGCUGCGGCUAAGGGCUGCACCCACCCUCCUCAGGAUGGUUCAUGAAGACUAUACCCUGAAGAUGGCCAGUGGGCAGGAAUAUCUGAUCCGCCAUGGAGACAUCCUAGCCCUCUUUCCCUACCUCUCCGUGCACUUGGACCCUGACAUCCACCCUGAGCCCACUGUCUUCAAGUACAAUCGCUUCCUCAACCCUGAUGGCAGCCGGAAAGUGGACUUCUUCAAGGCAGGCAAGAAGACCCGCCACUACACCAUGCCCUGGGGUUCAGGCGUUUCCAUCUGCCCUGGGAGAUUCUUUGCACUCAGUGAGGUGAAGCUCUUUGUCCUGCUUAUGGUCACACACUUUGACUUAGAGUUGGUGGACCCUGAUGCACCAGUACCCCACGUGGACCCGAAGCGCUGGGGUUUUGGCAUGAUGCAGCCCAGCCACGACGUGCGCUUCCGCUACCGCCUGCGUCCCACAGCGUGAGCUCGGCCAAGCCAGCUGCAAAACUGGCCAGAGGGAUUCAAUUGGGUCUUUCACCUCUUUUCACCCCUCUGCAGCCCCAAACCCCCACUGACCACCCCCGCCUCUAGUUCUGCGUAAUCCCUACCUCUGUUCUCCCUGUCCUCGCUCUCUCCCCGCCUACUCAUCUGACAGGGUUAUCAGUCCCUCUUUAAAAUACCAUCUCUCAGAGUGGGUUCUGCUGAACUGUCCUCUCACAGGAAGUCCAGUGGAAGGGGGAGCAUCUGUGGGCAGCUUGGUUUGGGAGAUGAUGCCCGCCUUGAGAAGUCCUGUAGGACAGACCCUGGUUCCUCCCAGACGUGAGUAACGUGGCAUCUUGCAAAUGUCAGCCUCCAACCUCCCACCUUGCUUUAUUUUUUUCAGCAGCACUUAUUCCACAUCCUAUGGAAUUCAGGUUCUAGAACAGUGCCAUACAAUAGAAAUAUGACACAAGCCACAUGUGUAGUGAGUUCUUUGGGGUGUCUGUUUUGAGACAGAGUCUCGCCCUGUGCCUCAGACUAUAGUGCAGUGGUGCUGCUCACUGCAACCUCCACCUCCUGGGUUCAAGCGAUUCUCCUGCCUCAGCCUCCUGAGUAACUGGCAUUACAGGUAUGUCCACCUCACCCAGCUAAUUUAGUUUCCCAGCAAACACACUUUUUAAAAGUAAAAUGAAACAAUUCAUUUUUUUAAUAUACUUUACUUAAUCCAAUAUAUCCAAAAUAUUGGCAUUUCAGCAUGAUCACGAUCGAAGAUUGUAACGAAAUAGUUUUUACAUUCCCUUUCCCAGGGAAACACAGGGCCUGCCUCUUUUUGGAUGCUCUUGUUCCUCCUGAAACACCCAGAAGCCAUUCAGGCCAUGAGGGAGGAAGGCACCCAGGUUCUGGGUGAGGCCAGGCUGGAGACCAAGCAGCGCUUUGCCUGUUUGUUUUGAGACAGAGUCUCGCCCUGUGCCUUUCUUCAGCGUCUAGUAUGUACUGUUCUCUUGCAGCUCUUCUCAGCCCAGACUAGCCACAUUCCAAGUGCUCAAGGGCUGUAUGUGCCCUAUCGGAUAGCACAGGUCUAGAGAAGUGAUGCAUUUUCUUUUGUUUUGGUUUGGUUUGGUUUUUUUUUUUUUUUUUUUUGAGACAAAGUCUUGGUCUAUUGCUCAGGCUGUAGUACAGUGGUGUGAUCUUGGCUCACUGCAACCUCUGCCCCCUGGGUUCAGGUAAUUCUCCUGCCUCAGCCUCCUGAGUACCUGGGACUACAGGUGUGCACCACCUACCCGGCUAGUUUCUGCGUUUUUACUAGAGAUGAGGUUUCACCAUGUUGACCAGGCUGGUCUCGACCUCCUGACCUAAGGUGAUCCACCCUCCUCAGCCUCCCAAAGCUCUGGGAUUACAGGCAUGAGCCAUUGCACCCAGCCAAGAUGCCUUUAAUGUAGGAAUUAUUCAAGAUCCCUCCUCAGUGCCCAUGUCUCCCCCACCUCAGGGUGAUCCAAACCCUCCCUUGGUUUCCAUGAUCAUUGCUGAACUCAAAGCUUUCUCCUGCCCCCAGACCUCCAGACCCCCAUGGGAGUCUCCUAGCACCUCUGACUCAGCUUGGCCAAUGCAGAACUUGGCAUCUGAGCCCCUGACUCUUCCCUGAACCACUCCUCCUCCUGAUUUCCCUGCUGUCUCUGCUCAGAACCCUACCAUUCACCCCAUCUCCCAAAGCAGAUACCAGAGACCCCCUCACUCCCUCCUCCUCUUUCACCCUCAUACAAGCAGGCCCCCAUGCUGUCAGCACAACCCCAUGUGAUGCCUCUGAAAUGUGUCCCCUCUUCCCUUCUCCUACUGUCAUUCUUAUACCUGUGACCUCUGCAUUUCUCUUCUACGCUGCUGCCAGAGACCUUUUGCCAAAAGCACUCCUGUUUGUCACUCUUUUACUCUUCUGGUUCCCCUUUGACUUCACGUGCAUGACAUUAAAAUUUUGUCAGUUGGUCCCGCUUGCCUUCACAUACCCGAUGUUUAAAUUUUGUCACGGUUGGCCUACAAACUUCUCAAUCCAGUGCAAUUCAACUUUGUCAAUUUUCUCCAGUGAAACCAUCCCUAAAGUAGAGGCAUUGCUUUUCCUGCCCAUCCCAGUACCAGCUACUCCUUCCUGGAACCCUUCCUGGAUAUCACUCAUCUCAUCCUCUGGCCAGAAAUGGCCUCCGAACCCUGGAGCUCCCACAGCACCAUUGGCAUCACAGCAUAUCUGCUACGUGUCAUUGCUUUCUGUGUCUUGGUUUCCUCCUGCUGCCCACAUCCCCAGACUGGAGCCUACUGGGACAUGGUGUUUUAUUCAUUUCUGACCUCCAAUUCCCUAAGUGGAGAUUAAAUGUUAGAAACCUGA